AUGACAGGUGCUCCUAUUGAUGGUGGACUCGUAGGCAAUCCCAAUGACUAUGUGUUUUCUCAAACUGCACUUGAUAAUAUCAUUACUCAAUUGAUGGAACAAACAAGUGGUGCAUCUGCACCUCCUCCUGCACCUGAACAAGUGAUUGAAACACUCCCAAAACGACCAUUGACAGACAAAGAAAAGAGUCAAGAAACAGAUUGUGCAGUUUGUAAGGAUCAUUUUGAAUUGGACGAACAAGUCAUUGAGCUACCUUGUCAGCAUAUUUUUCAUGAUGACUGCAUUAAGCCAUGGCUAAAACUCAAUGGAACAUGUCCUGUUUGUCGUCAUUCAGUGUUACCUGAACAAGAAUCCAACCAGAACCAAGGCGAUAAUAACCAAGGUGAC